GCCCUGGGCAGAGGCAUGGAGGUGGAGCACUUCGACGAGCGGGACAAGGCGCAGCGGCACAGCCGCGCCGCGGCCAAGAUGAACGGCGUGCCGAGUCCCACGCACAGCGCCCACUGCAGCCUGUACCGCACCCGCACGCUGAAGACCCUGAGCGCCGAGAAGCGCGCCAAGAAGGUCCGCUUCUACCGCAACGGCGACCGCUACUUCAACGGCAUCGUCUACGCCAUCUCGUCCGACCGCUUCCGGACGUUCGACGCGCUGCUGGCCGACCUGACGCGCUCGCUGUCCGACAACGUCAACCUGCCGCAGGGCGUCCGCACCAUCUACACCCUGGACGGCUCCGGGAAGAUUAGCGGCAUAGAGCAGCUGGUGGAAGGGGAAAGCUACGUGUGCAGCUCCAUCGAGGCGUACAAGAAGGUGGACUACACCAAGAACGUCAACCCCAACUGGUCGGUCAACGUCAAGGCCUCGGCGGCAGCCUCCCGGGGACCUCCCUCCCUGGGCAGUGCCAAGGCCGGAGCCCCGGAGGGCCGCGAAAACAAGGACUUCAUACGCCCCAAGCUGGUGACGGUGGUGCGGAGCGGGGUGAAGCCCCGCAAAGCCGUGAGGAUCCUACUAAACAAGAAGACGGCCCACUCCUACGAGCAGGUCCUGACCGACAUCACUGACGCCAUCAAGCUGGACUCGGGAGUGGUUAAGAAGAUCUACACACUGGAGGGCAAACUGGUGGCGUGUCUGCAAGAUUUCUUCGGUGACGAGGACAUCUUCGUGGCGUGCGGACCGGAGAAGUUCCGUUACCAGGACGACUUCAUGCUGGAUGAGACCGAAUGUCGUGUAAUGAAGUCAGUGACCUAUGGGAAGAUGUCAGCCUCUCUGAACCGAGGCUCACCCAGGACUUUUGCCCAGUCGCGACACAGCAAGUCCCCUGUAUCCGUGAAUGGGACGCCGGCCAGUCAGUUGUCCACUCCUCAUUCGGGGAAAUCUCCCAGUCCCUCCCCAACCAGCCCAGGCAGCCUCAGUCAACGCAGGAGCUCCCAGGGCUCCUCCGCCUCUCUGUCCUCCGCUAAAGUGUCGAACUCAGUGGAAGAUGAGGACAGACCUGUUAAUGAAGCGGACGUUGCAGUCGACGAGGUCCCCGCGCUGCCGUCUUACAUAUCGGACCGCUACAAGGUGGGCCGCAUGCUGGGCGACGGGAACUUCGCGGUGGUCCGGGAAUGUGUGGAGCACUCCACGGGCCGGGAGUACGCGCUGAAGAUCAUCAACAAGGGCAAAUGCAGGGGCAAGGAGCACAUGAUCCAGAACGAGGUGGCCAUCCUCCGCAGGGUCAAGCACCCCAACGUAGUGCUGCUCAUAGAGGAGGUCGACACAUACAGCGAGCUCUACCUGGUCAUGGAGCUCGUCAAGGGCGGAGAUCUGUUCGAUGCCAUCACCUCUACCAACAGAUACACGGAGAGAGACGCCAGCUGCAUGCUCUACAACCUGGCCAACGCCAUCAAAUACCUGCACAGCCUCAACAUCGUCCACAGAGACAUCAAGCCAGAGAACCUGCUGGUGUACGAGCAUGCGGACGGCAGCAAAAGCCUGAAGUUGGGAGAUUUCGGCUUGGCCACAGUGGUCGACGGACCACUCUACACCGUAUGUGGGACCCCCACAUAUGUGGCACCUGAAAUAAUUGCAGAAACAGGGUAUGGCCUCAAGGUGGACAUCUGGGCAGCCGGCGUCAUCACCUACAUCCUGUUGUGUGGUUUCCCACCCUUCCGCGGGAGCAGUGAUGAUCAAGAAGUGCUGUUUGACCAGAUCCUCAUGGGCCAGCUGGAGUUUCCUCUGCCGUACUGGGACAACAUCUCAGACACGGCCAAGGAGCUGAUUCGGUCCAUGCUGGAGGUGGAGGUAGAUCAGAGAUACACCGCCCUCCAGGUGCUGGAGCACCCCUGGGUCACGGACGAGGGUCUUUGUGAGAACGAACACCAGUUGUCGGUAGCUGGGAAGAUAAAGAAACACUUCAACACCAGCCCCAAAGUCAACGACACCACUGCUGGAGUGUCAGUCAUCUCUCUGGAUGACAGCUUUUCCAUGCAGAGAUCUGGGUCGUUGGAUUUCUACCAGCACCCGGCCAUGUACUGGAUAAGGCCACCUCUCUUGAUAAGGAGGGGCAGGUUCUCGGACGAGGACGCCACCAGGAUGUGA